GUCACUCGAUACCUGGAGAUGUUAUCAUUUACUUUUCAAAUCUCUCCAAACUGAGGAAGAGAACAGGUUGUAACCUAAAACUUGAGCGGUCAGGUUACGGGUCAUGGAGGAUGUUUGUGAUAAGAGAGCGACAUUUGAUGACUUCCUCCUCAGCCUUCAUGGGGGGAGGAUUUGGGCCCCUAUCGGCUGGACGGAGAUUUCAGCAGACCUGGUUAAACCAAAUAAAUAGAGGGACGACGUGUGAGGCUUUCUGUGUCUCUCGGAGGAAGAUCAAACUCACUUCAUCAGACCUUUAAAUCCGGCCGAGGUCCGACAUACAAAAUGGCUUCUGCCUGCACUUUCCUCUCUGAAGAGCAGUUUCGGUGCUCCAUCUGUCUGGAUGUGUUCACUGAUCCAGUCUCCAUACCAUGUGGACACAACUUCUGCAAGAACUGCAUUACUCAUCACUGGGAUGUUAAUAAGACCUGUGAGUGUCCCAUGUGUAAGACAGUUCAUCACAGUAGACCUGAGCUCCACGUCAACACGUUCAUAUCAGAGAUGGCUGCUAAUUUCAGACAGUCAACAAAAAAGAAAAGCAGCAGAAUGUCUCUGAAGAAACACACCAACUCUGGAGAAGUUCUGUGUGACGUCUGCACUGAAUCCAAAACGAAGGCUCUAAAGUCCUGCCUGAUGUGUAUGACCUCCUACUGUGAGACUCACCUGGAGCCUCAUCACAGAAUCCCAGGCCUGAAGAGACACGAGUUGAUCGAUCCUGUGGAGAAUCUGGAGGACAGAAUCUGUAAAAGUCACAGCAAACCUCUGGAGAUGUUCUGUGAGACGGAUCAGAUGUGUGUGUGUCGAAGAUGCAUCAAUAUAGAUCAUAAGCCACAUCGUAUUGUUACUCUAAUGGAUGAAUAUCAGAGCCAAAAGGCUGUGCUGGGAGAGACAGAGGAGGAAAUUCAGAAAAUGAUCGAGGAGAGACGCCUGAAGAUUCAGGAGAUGAAGGAUUCAGUGGAGCUCAGCCGGGAAGAUACAGAGCGAGAGAAAUCAGACAGCGUGCAGGUCUUCACAGCUCUGAUCCAAAAUGUUGAGAAUCACCUGGCUCAGCUACUUGUGCUUAUUGAGGAGAAGCAGAAAACAAAAGAGGAGAAGGCUGAAGGCUUUAUCAAAGAGCUGGAAGAUGAAAUCUCUGAGCUGAUGGAGAGAAGCACCGAAGUCGAGCUGCUCACACGCACUGAAGACCACCUCCAGUUCCUCCAAAACCUCCCAUCACUUAACGCUGCUCAACCCACUAAAGACUGGACGGAGGUCAGAGUUCACUCAUCGUAUGAGGGGAUGGUGAGGAGAGCUGUGGCUCAGCUGGAGGAGAAACUCAGUGAAGAGGUGGAGAAGCAGCUUGAGUCUGAGCUGAGGAGGAUCCAGCAGUAUGCAGUGGAUAUCACUCUGGAUCCUGAUACAGCAAAUUCCAAACUGAUUCUGAAAAAUGACGGGAAACAAGUGAACUAUUGCGAUGCAAAACACAAUCUCCCAGACAUCCAAAAGAGGUUUUCUACUUGUGCUUGUGUUUUGGGAAAACAGAGUUUUUCUUCUGGAAAGUUUUAUUUUGAGGUUCAGGUUAAAGGUAAAACUAAAUGGGAAUUAGGAAUAGCCAGAGAGUGGGUGAACAGGAAGGGACAAAUCACACUCAGCCCAAGGAAUGGAUUCUGGGCAAUUUGGCUGAGGAAUGGAAGUGAAUACAGAGCGUUUGCUGGUCCCUCUGUCUUCCUCUCUCUGAAGUCGCAGCCACAGAAGGUUGGGGUGUUUGUUGAUUAUGAGGAGGGUGUGGUCUCCUUCUAUGAUGUAGAUGCAGCAGCUCUCAUCUACUCCUUCACUGGCUGUAACUUUGGUUGCAAACUCUACCCAUACUUCCGUCCCUGUAAUCUUGACAAUGGCAAAAACUCUGCCCCUCUAAUCAUCUCUUCUGUCAGUGACAAAGGUUUUAGUAUUUAACCAUUAAAUGUUGCAGUUCAGCUUCUUGGAUCUCAGCCAUUUUGCACCCACCUCACCUGUGCUGGCCACACUCACCUCAACAGUCAACUCAGCUCCCCUUUGCACACAGCUGCUGUAGAUGUACAGUCAAGCUAGGAUAUAAGCCUCUCAAGCUCACUCACUCUUUGCCAGAUUGAUCAUCACAACCCUGAUGAAGGCCACAAGCCGAAACGCGUCGGUCUAAUUUGUUAAUAAAGUUGAUCUUCAUACUACAAGUGUUGCUGGAGCUUUUUGACCUCUUCAAGCCUUUCACUCUUCAUGCACCUUGUUAGCUGAUGAAGUUGUGCCGCUUUGCUUCUCCGGAUUGCACUUCACCAUCUCAUCCAAGACUUCCCAGCACUCUUCUUUGGAUUAAUUACCAGUUGCUGACCCUGUGUGCCUCUGACAAUUGCGUCUUAUUGUAAUCCAGGAAAUCGGCUCAGCCUUGUGUCCAUGACCACGAGUUAUGGCUCAGCGUCCCUGGCUUCUUUCUUCCUCUCCCCCAGGGCUCCACAUAGCAAGUUUACAUGUGUCCUUACCUGUUGAUUCCAGAGGUUUUGAGACCUUCACCGUGUCGCUACAUCUUUAAACUAACCUGCUUACCUUCCUUACCCUCCUCUUGGUUCAAAUUCGUCUUCUCCCCUCCCGUAACUGGAGUUUUUUGUUUAUAUGGACUGCUGACCUGUAUCCAAACCUGCUGCUGUCUCGACCACAUCUCCUGCCUGCUCCCUAACAGUACUUUUAUUCUUUCUUGAACUAUUUGUGUGUUAGUUACCUCUAUACCACACUCAUCCUUGAAUAACAUUCAAGGAUUUUGGGGUUGCACCUGGCCACAGUUGAGCAGAUUUUUGUGUCGGAUUCAAGCAGACACUUACGGUUAUGGAUUUUAUAGUUUGACCCAUGCCUCAUCUGUUGGCAUGGAGGAGGCGGGGCUUAUGGCCGGCAGUGCAACCAGUUAGUAGGGGUAGCUCCAAAUCUUUUGGCUUCACUUGUAGUGAGUGGCCAUGUCAUCCAACUUUCAAUACAGUCUAUUGUCUAGUGAUUAUUAAACAAUACUCACACGCAUUCCACCAUAACUUGUGGAAUCACAGAAGAAUCAAAUCUCACUGUAAAUGAUCAUUGUCUAAAUGAAAAUAUAAGACUGAUAUGUGAUGCUUGUGUCAAUUAAAGAUAUUUCU